AUGCCGGAUAUGGAUCUUGCAGAUCAAUGGCUACCAAUUCUAUACCACACUUUUCCUAGCAGAGAUAUCGAUAUACAGGAUUUAUCAAGCGAACAUAUCGCAAGGAUAUUUUUUCUUCUGGAAAAUGGUGAAGUAAAUGAAGUUGCGAAGAAAGAAGCACUUAGCUUUUGCUUUUACCAGCUUCGAAAUGAUGCCCAAUCCAAGAGAUUCAAACAUGCAGUCCUUAUUGGCUCGCUACCAAAAUUUAUGUUAGAAAGUAAAUUGCAAUACAUACUAAGAAAUCUACUUGAAGCUAUCUUAUUUGAUUCGUGUGGGGAAGCUUACGAUAGCAAAUUACGCAAAUCAGCUAUAAAAGCUAUUGAAAAAAUUGUCCGAAAAUGCCCAGUUGAUGGUGAUUGUGAUGGGAUAACUGCUAUAAAUAAUGAUAUAGUUCGCUUUCUCUUUGAUGGAUUAAUGAAAGCCAUGACUGACUACAGUUCUAAUUCGCGCGGCGAUGUUGGAUAUAUUGUUCGAGAAGCUGCCAUGUCUGGCAUUGAAUUUCUCUUAACUCACAUAUCUAGGCAAGAUCCAUCACUUAUUAAAAGAGAUGAUUGGAAGCUAUUUAUUGGCAGUUUAUUACAGCAAACAGCGGAAAAAAUGGAUAGGACGCGGGCGCAUGCUGGUGCUAUUUUCAUAAGAUUAAUUCACUCUGAAGUGUCUGAUACAAAAAAAAUUCCUGGGUUGAAAGUUUUUCAGAAACUGUUUCCAAAAAACUUUCCGGACUUUUUUCGAAGAGGAAGAUCAGCUGAUAUAUUCUCACGUUUGAUAAAAAUAUUGCCUAUGAAAGAAUAUACAUAUCCUGUAUUAUCUGGAAUUGUUGUUAGCAGUGGUGGUUAUGUAUCUGAAUCAAUGUGCAACCACGCCCGACGUUCUCUUCUCAAUUAUUUAAGAGAAUCUACUAGCGAGAAUAUAGAACAGUUUGAAGAUUUUUUGAACACACUAACAACUAUUUAUAAGAAUAAUGGUCGAACGGAUAGGACAAUAUCGGUUACAUUGUUUUCUUGUUUGUGUGCCAGUACUUGCGCCAUGAUGGAAUUUCCGGAUAAAAUCAGAAAGCGAUCAAUUCCACUGAUUAUAAAAUAUUUGAUGAAUAAAUAUCCAAAGGUUCGAUGUUACGCGGCUGAUCAACUAUAUAUAGCACUGAUGACCUUUGAAAAGUCAUUACAAAAUUAUCAGAUCGAUCGGUUAAUGGAAUUGCUUGCUGACACUGUCUGGGAAGAUUCGUUAUCAACUUUGCGUACGGUCAUAGAGCAAAUUUGCCAUGGAUUUAACCUAAGUGCUAAUCACUUACUAGAAUGCAUUUCUGUAUAG